AUUUCUCUUCUCAUCAUGCUUUAUUAUUAUUUCCUUGGAUCUGCAGCCGUACGUUAAUUAGCAGUGCUCUGAUCCAAUCCCAUCCCAAAAUGGCCAACUUUUGCUGCUCCAUUGAGACCGAACCCAGAACCUUAAACCAAGGUCAGCUCCACCUCGCUCGAGAAGUUGCUGUCGACAUUGUUCAGAACAACCAACCCCAACAAGCAUCCACUAUCUUUAUUCAGGGGCUAAAACCAACGGAGACUGUAUUGGUUGUGCCGGAAAACAACGGAGUAGACAAGAACAAGCAAGAAGACAGUGCCGAUGUUGUUACUGACAAGACAAUCGUGCAAUGUUUGUGCAGUGCAGAAAUUUUGGAAUCCCCAGAUGACCAGUCUAAGGUUAAAGAACCCCUUACUGCUCCAUUUUGAUCAUAUAAUUUACUUUUGUUAUAUGUAUGUCCAAUAAAUUUGGCAAUUCUAUAUAUCUACUCAACAUAUGUAAUCUCACUAUCAACAUUUUCACUUUUGUCAAUUUUAUGUUAACAUCUAAUUUUUCAAAA